AUGCUACCGCACAACGACCUCGAUCGACGGCCUUGCUACUUCACCAUCACCCCACCGAGCUACGACCACUUCUCUGUCGAAACACCGUACUGCUCGCCAACUUUCUGCCCGGACGACUGCACUCCAGCCUACUCGCAACACCCGCUAUUGGCAUCGAGAGAGUUGUUCUCACCUCUACACGACCUCGACCAUCCAAAAGCCACGACAAGCCUCAUGUCUAUGCAGACUUCCGCCGCCCAUGGCGCCCCACGGCCAAAAAUCUAUCCCAUGCAAAAUGUCCUACACGUAACGAGCGACGACUCCACCUCAUCAAGCGGAUCAAACAACAGCUCCUACGGCUCAUCACCUGAACUUGCAAGAUGUUCAAGGUGUCAACGAACGCCGAGCGUCGAUGUCAGGACUGGCAAAAACAACAUGGUACAAUACGGCCUCAACCUCUGGUACUGCAAUCGGUGUGCAGCCCUUGUCGGCUUGACGAAACGCUGA